AGGAGGUCCCGUUUGUUCUAGGGCGAGUGAGGGGGAGUGGGACCCACUCUUCCGUUCUGGGCGAGACCGCCGGCGGAUAUCCCAAUUCGGCUCCGGACACGCCGCCGUUAUACCUCUUGGCCAUCGAGCGAUUCGGCGCUCACAUCUAGCGCGAUAUUGGCCCCUCCCUCUCCUCGCCUCUCUCGCUCCCAUGCCCAAGCCGACGAAGCCAGAACGAAGGCGAGUUCUUGACAAUUUAAAUUCAAAACAAGGCUUUCUGAAAUAUAUUGUCUUAUUGAUCUAGUCCAAAGUGACGCAUAAUAAAUAAAACAAGAUACCGAUUCACUGGACAAUACAUGAAGAAUACGUCGGUUUGUACCGGCUGAUAUGUGCUUGAGUCAAUAAAGGCUCUCGGACGGUAUCUCGUUCUUUCCCUGUAUAAAACGUAUUUAAUUCUAGCCGCGGAGCCGCCUCUCUCUCUUGCCGAUUGGCGGGUCGGCUCUCUUUGUGCUCGAGAGAGAGGGAGGAGGAGGAGGAGGAGGAGGAAUCGAAGAGGGAUGGCGGCGGAAGUGGAGACGGUAGCGGAAGUUGAGACGGCGGCGAGCGGUGGGGAGAGCGAGGGAGGGCAGAAGGUGCCGCACCGGCUGGAGCGGAAGUGGACCUUCUGGUUCGACGACCAGUCCAAACCCAAGCAGGGCGCCGCCUGGGGCACCUCCCUCCGCAAGGUCUACACCUUCGACACCGUCGAGGAGUUCUGGUGUUUGUAUGAUCAGCUAUAUCAUCCCAGUAAGUUGCCAGCAAAUGCUGACUUCCACUGUUUCAAAACUGGGGUGGAACCCAGGUGGGAAGAUCCUGAAUGUGCAAAUGGGGGCAAGUGGUCAGUAACAUGUAAUAGAAAGGCCACUCUUGACACCAUGUGGUUAGAGACGCUGAUGGCUUUAAUUGGAGAGCAGUUUGAUGAGAACGAGGAAAUCUGUGGUGUCGUUGCAAGUGUGCGUCAGAGGCAGGACAAGCUUGCACUGUGGACCAAGACAGCAAGCAAUGAAGCUGUUCAGAUGGGCAUUGGGAAGAAAUGGAAGGAAAUCAUUGACUGCAAUGAUAAGAUCCUAUAUAGCUUCCAUGAUGACUCAAGAAGAGAAAAAUUAAACAGAGGUGGUCGGUAUAACAUGUGAAUACUGCAGACAACCAAUCAACAACCGAAAUUUUGGAUGGUUCUCUGCCAAGUUUUUGGGACUUCAGGGGCACUCUACUCUAAGACACUAGUUUGAAUCCCACCGGAGAACAACCUGCGUCGAGGUGCUUCGCUUUACGAUAUCCAGAUAUUGUAUGUGCUAUGAAUACCAAAAAUAGUCUGGCUACAACUUUAUGAUAUUUCUAGUUUUUAUUAGCCUGUACUUCCAUUUAUUUCUCCCGUUGGCUGUGCUUCUCGCUUUGAUGCAAUUGUGGAUUAGAUAGUGGAAUUGGGACCAUAUCCGAAAUGUGCAGAUUGCAGUUCUGGAUUA